ACGGCCACACUGAUGGCGUGGUGCGCGUGAAAUCGACGGACGGGUAUUUCGUUUUUCGCGUUUUGUUUUUGUAUAUAUUUUGAACAAAUAUAAGUAUAGAAUUGUGUACAUAGUGUAAUAUUUUUGUAAAUAUACGUUUCUACGCAAAAUCGAAAACAAAUUGCCACCAUUAAUUAGCAACACUGAGCCGAAUGACUGUUGUGUCAUGUAACAGCCGACACCAAUAACAACAAAAAACGCCAAAACCAACCAACCCAAUUCAAUUCAAAAUAAAGGAAUAAAAAACGUGCGUCUCGUCAGUUUAUGUUUGUAUGUACAUGUGUGUAUGUUCGGGUGUUGACAACCCUCUCCAAGGCGAAUUUACAUUAGCUAAACAGUUCAAUUUAAGACCAUGCAUAAGGAAAAAGUUAUAAGCACACAAAACUCAAACAACAAAGAUCAUAAGUUAAAUGGAGCCAAAAAUGAAAAUAGUAAUAAAAAAGUUAGCUUACUCAACAAAAAGGAUGACAGCGAGGAGUACGAUCUGGUGCCGCCCGACGGUGGCUGGGGUUGGCUAGUACUGUUUGGUUCCUGCCUGACCAACAUACUCAUUCCUGGCACAAUCAAGAGUUUCGGUGUGCUCUUCGUUGAGUUCGUAGAGGAGUUCAAUGCGACGACGACAAAGGCCUCAUGGAUCCCAGCAAUAUGUUACUUUCUCUACAGUUCGUUGGGUCCCGUAUCGAGUAUUCUGUCUGUGAAGUAUUCAUAUCGGACGGUGACCUUGCUGGGCGGCGCCUCAGCGUCGCUGGGCAUGAUACUCUCUUUCUGGGCAUCGUCAGUGGAGUAUUUGUACAUCAGCUAUGGCGUUCUGGUGGGCAUUGGCGCUGGACUAUCCUUUCCGCCCACAGUGUACAUUGUCACGUCUUACUUUGUAAAACUGCGCGGACUGGCCAAUGGUCUGUGCAUUUCGGGCAGUGCAUUGGGCAGCAUUAUUCUGCCGCCACUGCUGCGCUGGCUGCUGGAGACUUACGGCUACCAUGGGUCCUGCUUGAUAAUGGGCGGCAUCACGCUGAACGUUUUUGUGGCUGCUCUGUUCUAUGAGCCAGUGGAACAGCACAUGGUGCGAGUGCCGCGUGCCCGCCAGGCAUUGGACGACAUACCCGAGGAGGAAGACAUUGGAAUAGUAAUGAAGUUCGAGAAUGUCGAUGAAACGGCAGCCAAUCACGAGCAGAGUGAUAAGCAGCUGUUGCCGUACAAUUCGCCACCAUCGCCGCUGUAUUUGCCGGACGAUGACAAGCAGCAGUUCGUGAGAAGUGCCUCGGAGGCCGUUGUCCAGAGCUACGCAAAGCCCGGCGAUGAGUUCCAGCCACGCACGAGGAAGAUCAGUACGCCGGUGAGGUUGCCUCAAAGGAAUCAAACAUUCACGCCCGGCCAACUGAAUUCCCAGUCAUCGCUGUACGCCGUGCCCGAGGGUCGCUCCAGUUCAAAGCUCACCCUAAGGAAUAUGUCGAGGUCUCGACUGUCAAAGCGUUCGCCUUCGACCAGCAGCUUCUUGUACAUCAGUACACCGUAUCACGGCAGCACGUUGUCCUUUCAGCCAAAGGAAUUCUCAUCGCAUUUGUCGCUGCGCUCGGUGGGCAGCAGCGGAUCAUCAGGCGCCGUAACUGGCCAAGACGGAGCCCAGGCCACAGACAACACAAAGGGCAAGACGGAGUCCUCCCAGAGGUCCAAGUUCUUCGACCUCAGCCUGCUCAAAGAUCCCAUGUACUUGGUCAUAUUAAUCUCCAACUCGACGAAUGCCAUCAGCUACACAAAUUUCAUCAUUUUGCUGCCCAGUUUUGGCGCUGCCAGGGGCUUCAAUAAAUCGCUGGCCGCCUACCUGCUCUCUGUUGUAUCGGCAACGGAUUUGAUUGGCCGCAUUGGCGGCUCAGCACUUUCGGACAUGGGUUUCAUACCCAAGACGUGGUACUUUGUGGGAGGCUUAUCCAUAUCGGGCCUUUCCCUCACGCUACUGCCAUUUGCCUACUCCUACAGCUCGGUGUGCUUUUGGUGCGCUCUCUUUGGCCUCGCCUCCGGGAUCUAUGUGGGAAUCACUGCAGUCAUAAUGGCAGACAUGCUGGGCACAGAACGCAUCACAUCGUCCUAUGGCAUCAGUCUCUUUGUGAACGGCAUCCUGCAGUUGGUGGGACCACCCCUGUGCACCCACUGGUCCGAGGCCGUUAACGAUUUCAAUCCGCUCUUCCACGCCCUGGGACUAACGCUGCUUGCUGGAGCCAGCCUGUGGAGUUUCAUGCCAUGGAUAGAGCGACGCAAGGCCAAAGCUGAGGAGAAACUCGAGGCACAAAUCAACGAGGAAGCUGUCGACGGCUACUGAACGUGGGGAAAUGUACAAUUACAAUUAGUUGUUUAAGCUUUAAAGAGCGUACAAAACAGUGAUGGAGGAGGAGGAUAAGUUUAGCCAAUCAGGAAUGUCAGGAUCAGGAUCUGAAUCAGGAUCAGUAGUAGUUGAAGGAAGAGCAUUGAACAUACAUUGGACAACUGUUAAUUUUGGUUCUUCCAGCAUCUUUUUGUCUAACUGAUAAGCCUUAACUUAAUAUUGUAUAACUAUUACAAUUAUUGUUUACUUAAUACCAAUAUAAUUAUAGUCUAGGCAGUAUAUAAACCCCGAUGGAAUGGAGGAGAAAGCUAAAGUUUUGUAACUAUUUUUUCUAUAAAUAUGCCAAACAAAAGAAACACAACAAAAAAAUGAGCAAAAAAUAUAAUUGAA